AUGGGCUCCUCUAAUGGCAAUAGUGGUAUUUCGAAAAGAAAACAGAUAACACGAGGUCGGAAGCGUGAUGAUCUGCCUUCUCUUGGUAUUGUCGCAAGACGAGCGGCUUCUCGAUUUAGCAUAUCACGGCAAAACAAGAAUGUUUCACUCAGCGGGAGACGGGUCGGUAUGAAUACGCUAAUCAACAAAUAUGCCAAUCGAAGAACAUCUUUUUUUAAAUCGACUCGUCCACAAAAAGCAACAAGUCAAAAGGCUGGAUUACGAUGUCAUGAUGCAUUAUGGGAUAAGUGUGAACGUCUAUUUCGAACAGGCGAUAUAGUUUCAGUGACUGAUAAGGAUAACGGUUUGUGUUACUUUGCACAAAUUCGAGCUCUAUUAUGUGACCAAUUUGGUGAACGCUUUUCUGCUCUCACUUGGUUAGUUCCUACUGAAUCAGCCGAUGAAGCUCAUCAAUUCGAUGCGGAAAAUUUUGUGCACGCAUUGUCCGACUCAGUGAUAUACCCCUUAGAGGCUUGUACAUUUGUGCAACACAUACCGUUGCUUCCGGGUUAUUUUCAUGAUUGGAAACCGCGGUCGUUAGUGGAAAAGAAAUUACACGAACAACUGGAGGAAAGAGUUCGUUCUAUAAAUACAAUAUCAAGUAAACUAAUUGCAUUUGAUGAAAAAAUUCCACCCUCUAAACCGCAAUGA